CCCCCCCCCCCCCUUGGCCGAUAUCCAAUCUAUAAUAAUAGUACUUUAUGUCGCCGACCCAUACUCCAAUAUCUACCACCACCACUGCGGGCAAUACUGUGGUACUGCCUCGUCUCAAUCCAUCUAGAACCCUAACUGGAAGACAACUCCACAUUGAUGCCCAAAUCACUGAUACCGCUGAGGAUAUUGUACAGAUCAUCAAUGAUAAUGAAACAAAAAACUUCCAGCUCGGAGUCAUUCUUAUUGUAGUGGCCAUCGGAUCCUGGAUCAUUGGAUUAGAACUCGUCAACUCAGUGUUGAAAGGUGAUGACUACAAGAAACCGUGUUUGUUUGCAUGGAUUACGGGACUGUGUUUUAUGCUUAAUUUGUUACCCGAUAUAUUUGAAUUCGUAAAAUCUAAAUGGUCCAAAUCAGAAGUACCACUCCCAAACUCUCCAGAAGCAACACCGUUACUUUCACCAGGUUCAGCUAGUGGUUCGACUAAUAACGUGGUUCCAAAGACUGCUCUUGAAAAGCUGCUUAUUCCCGAUGCUGAGACUCCAGUUGAAUUGACAAGAUCAGAAGUUUUUCUGCUUGCAGCGGAAAUUGCAGUCAUUUAUCUCAUGUACAACAUCUUUGUAAUGUUCGCUUUACAAUUCACUUCUGCAUCUAAUCAAACAGUUCUUGGUUCAACCACAUCAAUUUUCACAUUAUUCAUUGGAAGGUUUUUAAACAUUGACAAAAUCACAGCCAAGAAACUAAUUUGUAUAUUCGUUAGUUUGGGAGGUGUUUUCUUUAUCAAUUGGAGUGAAUCUGGUAAAGCAAACGGACCUAAUGAUGGAUCAAAGUAUUCCCCAAAGAACCCUCUUUUCGGUAAUUUUUUGGCUAUUUUAGGUGCCCUCAUGUAUGCACUUUAUCUCAUUAUUAUGAAAGUUAGAUGUGGAACGGGGAACAAAACUACCAAUGAAAGAAGACUCUUUGGAUUUGUUGGGAUUUUCACAUUUUUCAUUGGGAUCCCACUCUUGAUCAUUGCUGAUUGGCAAGGAAUUGAGAAAUUUGAGUUUCCUCCACCUUCAAAUGAUAUCUUGAUCCUGAUUUUAAUCAAUGGGGUGUUUUCGGUAAUUUCUGAUUAUACAACUAUUCUUGCAAUGCUUCUUACAAGUCCGCUUGUUACUUCUUUGUCACUUACAUCUGCCAUCCCAAUCACAAUCCUUUUGGAUUUCAUUAUACUUCAUCUUAGCGGUAAGGGAGGCUCUGGUGGCAAUGAAGGAUCCGAUCAAUUUAUGUAUUUUUUCGGAAUUGGUUGUAUUUUGGUAUCUGUUGUUCUUGUCAAUGUUAAUAUCACUUCUGAAAAUGAAUUAAUUCAUGAAUUUAUAGAUGAUGCAUUGGAGGAAGCUAUUAGGGAUGAUGAAGUCCUUUCCCCAGUACUUUCUCCGUUACUUUCUCCAAAAGCACCUCUUGCAACCUCGCCAUUCAUCUCCAAUUCUGAAAUCUUACAACGUCAUGCCCCAGGAAUUACUUUACUGACACUUAUUCAAUCAUUUUCUCCAAAGAUCGCUGUCUCGUCUACCAACGAAAAUGGCCCUUCACAGGGAGGCUUACCCAGCUUUCAAUUACCACAAAAUCAAAAUCCUGAAUUCGGUAUUGAUUCCCCCACCUCAGAUGGGAAAUUAUUGGUAUAUGGAGGGGAAAACCAUCAUUAUCAUGUUAGAAAUGUAUAUGCAAAUUCUCCUGAAAUUCAACCCAUUUCUAGCAAUCAUACAGCAUAAUUAGAAUAAUACAUACAUAUUUAUAUAUAAGAAUAAUACUAUAUUAAUGAUAAUAAUGAUGAUAAUAAAAUAUUAAAAAAUCUCUACU